AUGUUCGUCUGCCUCAUUCUGGACUUCCUCGUUAUUAGUACUCGUAGAACUCUUACCGGAAAGACUACGGAUACCUCCCUUAUUAUAGAGCCCGUUGAUGCCGAAGAUAAUCCGAUUAGUAUUAUAGAUCGGUUCUUUUUACAAGUUGAAGAGCGAUCUCUGGAGAUUCUGAAGGUUAUAAUUCGUCGACGGGAUAGAAACCUCACUGUUACAAAUCCCUUACGUAUUAAGGAGGCCGAGUUGGAUAUCACCUUCCCGUCUUUCACACCUAGAGAACCCUUUCCCGCUACUUUCGACGGAACAACUACAAACAACGAUCAAGACGGCGACAACAUAGAUGUCUCUCGUUUUACCGCAGGUGACAAGGUCGCUGUUCAAGCCUGGUUUGGUAACUACGUCUUUACAAACAAGUCUAGGAAGACUGUGUCUGGACCGACGUUCCGUUUAUUGAAGCUCUGGAGGUUACAAGCUGGUGUUUCUGGUCUUUCGGGCCUCAAUAGUAGCCCCAUUACCAAACGGAGACGCAUAUUGUAG